ACUAAAGUUUGUAGUUGACUGAUGGUGAAGCGCAUUGAACAGUAGUUGGGCAUUGACAGGUAUAUUUUGGUAUUUCAUGGUAAUAUGGACAGGGCAAAAUGGAAUGUAAAACGCAUUAAUCUGAGAAAAAGGGCUAUAAAGAGGGUGAAUAAGUUGAUAGAUUCAUUGGAGAAUGAAAGGCAGGUUAGUGGUGGGAUUGAAAUCACUCACAGUGAAAUACAUGUGGAUGAGAUUCAAACUUCUCAGUUUGGUUGUUCUUGUGAUGAUUUGGAAUCCAGUCAGUCAGAGAGUGACAGUGAUGAUAACUUUGAUUGUGGGCAGAACGAUUACCAGGACACCCUCCAGGCAAGUUUGAGAAAUUGGGCUGUUCAGUUCAGUAUCCCUUAAUUGCCUUAUCUGCAUUACUAACUAUACUCAGAAUUAAUCAUGCUUUUUUGCCAAAAGAUGCAAGGUCCUUACUGAAAACUAAGACUGCUUACACAGUUGAAAUGCUUGGUGGUGGUUCAUUUCAUUACUUUGGCAUUAAACAUUCUCUGAGAGCUUUCUUUGAAAAGGUAUGGUCAACUGUUCCAAGUGGACACACUUUUAAUUUGCAACUUAAUUUUGAUGGGCUUCCUAUUUUUAAGAGUUCUUCACUUCAGUUUUGGCCAGUUCUUGGAAUUGUUAAGAAUUAUAUCAAGAUUCCAGUUUUGAUUGCAUUGUUCUGUGGAUGUUCAAAACCAAACUCACUUUCUGAAUACUUGAGUGCUCUAGUUAAUGAGUUAAAAACAAUUGGAAAAGGAUUUCCUGUGAAAGGAAAAACAUUUUUCAUCACUUUAUCUUCAGUUGUUUGCGAUGCACCUGCUAGAGCCUUUAUUAAGGGCAUAAAAUCACACACUGGAUAUCACAGUUGUGAUAAGUGUGUACAAAAAGGAGUAUAUGUAAACCACCGUAUGACAUUUCCAGAAACCACUGCAAGUCUUCGAACAGGUGAAUCAUUUAAAACAUUAGAUGAUGAUGCACACCAUGUAGAAUCUUCACCUCUCUCAGAAAUCAUAGAUAUGAUUAAGGGAUUCCCGCAUGAUUACAUGCACCUUGUAUGCUUAGGAGUAAUGAGACGUCUCUUGGGUUUGUGGAUAGGAAGCAAUGGCCCACUACAGUGCCGUGUUUCAGCCAGUCAAGUGUCGUUAAUUUCUGAUAAGUUGGUAGCGUUACGUGGUUUCAUUCCUAACGAGUUUGCAAGGAAGCCCCGUUCACUUUUUGAAAGACUACGGUGGAAAGCAACUGAGUUGAGACAAUUCUUAUUGUACACGGGUCCAGUUGUUUUGAGAGAGAUAUUGCACUCUGAGGUGUAUCAAAAUUUCAUGCUGCUCUCUGUGGGUAUAUACAUUUUAGCAAGUCCUGAGUACUGUUCAACUAUGAAUGAUUUUGCUAACUCUCUGCUAGUGGCAUUUGUCAAGCAUUUUAGUGAGUUAUAUGGUCCUGAGUUUGUCAGCUAUAAUGUACAUGGGCUAACUCAUUUAAGUCAAGAUGUUAAAGUCCAUGGUAGUUUGGAUGUUAUAUCAGGUUUUCCAUUUGAAAAUUAUCUAAGAAAGCUAAAGAAAAUGGUUAGACGACCUCACUGUCCUUUAACACAGGUUAUACGUAGGAUUUCAGAGCUUGACUUCUUGCAUUUAAAUUCUGAUUUUAGCAUACACCCUCAAAAGAGGUUUAAAAUGCAACAUUCAGAUGGUCCAGUUCCAUUACACUUUGAGGUAGUACUCCAGUUUAAAGAGGUGGAGUUUAACGGAUUUGUCAUCAAAGUUUCUACAGGGGAUUCCUGUAUUAAAAUUGACAAUAAAAUUGUCAUAGUUCAAAAUAUAAUUGUGCAUGAAGACAGGGAAUAUGUUGUCUGUCAGGAAUACCAACACAAGGCCAUAUUUUUUGAAUAUCCAAUUGAUUCUUCAUGCCUGGGGAUUUUUGUUGUGUCCAAGCUUUCCCCAAAUCUUCAUUGUUUACCUAUUGGUUCUGGCAUGCUGAAAUAUGUCCGUUUGCCACUAGAUGACAAAUAUCUUGUAAUCCCCCUACUUCAUAUACAGUAA